UUUCUUCGCUGUCAAAAAUAUGCAAAAAAAUGUCCUUGUUCGAUCAUCGCCACUCUGUAUCAUAAAUUUUAAUAGAACAAUUAUUAACUCGCACUUAAAACGUUCUCGUUGAUUCUGAAGAUGCUCGCGACAAACGGAAAUCGUGGAGUUACGGGUACGUUAAAGAAAAUUGGCGGUAACGAUUGGACGUGAUGAGCUUCUAACCCAACAAGUAGAAAACAGUCCCCCUUCAUAGACAGCCUUUUCCCCUUGAUGCGUUUCGGCUCCUCAUUGUCCUACGACAAUUUCGCGUACGACGUACUGAGGGCCUCGUCCGCAGGUAAUAACAACAAUAUAAACAACAAGUGUAUCAACACAAAUGUCCCCCGAUCCGGCCCCACCAUCCAGUAGUCUCGCCAGCAGUGAAUCCCUGUCAAAAAUGGCCAGGGAACCUGUUGUGAGAAAAUGGGAAUUAUUCUCUGGAAGAAAUCGGUUUUAUUGUAAUGGUCGCAUUAUGACUGCACCACAUUCUGGAGUUUUUUUAUUAACAGUGUUUUUAAUUACUGGGACAAGUAUUUUAUUCUUUAUUUUUGACUGCCCUUAUUUAGCAGAAAAUGUAACAAUUUUCAUUCCAAUAAUUGGAGCGGUACUCUUCCUUUUCACAAUGUCCGCCCUCCUGAGAACGUCCCUAACAGAUCCGGGAAUCAUCCCCCGGGCUACUCAAGAUGAAGCUGCUUAUGUUGAAAAGCAAAUAGAAGUUACAAAUUCCGCCAAUAGUCCAACUUAUAGGCCCCCACCAAGAGCUAAAGAGGUUCUUAUAAAAGGUCAAACUGUUAAACUAAAAUAUUGCUUUACAUGCAAGAUUUUUCGACCACCUAGAGCUUCACACUGCAGUCUCUGUGAUAAUUGCGUGGAUCGAUUUGAUCAUCAUUGUCCAUGGGUUGGAAAUUGCGUAGGUAGAAGAAAUUAUCGGUUUUUCUACAUGUUCAUAGUGUCAUUAGCAUUUCUUGCUGUGUUCAUAUUCGCGUGUGCCAUCGCUCACCUAAUUCUAAUUACAAAAGAUGAUAAACAAUUUUUGGAUGCCGUAAGGGAAUCGCCGUCUAGUUUAAUCGUGGGAAUAGUGUGUUUCUUCAGUGUUUGGAGCAUCUUGGGUCUUGCCGGAUUUCAUACCUACCUUACUACAAGUAAUCAAACCACGAAUGAAGAUAUAAAGGGGUCGUUCACCGGAAAAAGCGGCCAAGAAAGCUUCAAUCCGUACUCUCAAGGGAAUGUGUGUUUAAAUUGUUUUUAUAUCUUGUGUGGACCGGUUACUCCAUCGUUAAUCGAUCGGAGAGGUGUUGUUACAGAGGAAUAUCGACGAGAAAUUGGAAAAAAGAUUGUUACAAUUGAACCAACAAAUGUUAUUCAACCAAGUUUUCCGCCGCAAACUAAUUUGAAUGGAAACCCACUUCAUCAAGUACCGGAAAUGUAUCGUCAAACGGCGGAAAAUCCAGAUAGUAACACCGGAAGUGUGACACAUUUAGUAAGUAACGAACAACCAAUCGGAGUUACAGCCCCAACGAUAGCUAAAUUAGAUGAUCAACAGUACACUUCACAACCUUGUUUAACUCAAAGUGGAGGUGGGGGCGUGGGUGCCCCCGUUUACAGUAACAUUAUGGGACGAAAUCAGCAUCACCACCCCGGUUUAAUAAGUAAAAGUCACAGUUAUUCCCAUAAUUUAAACGGGGAUCGGCAAAUGAUCCAUCGCGUUGAAGAUUUACAUUUAGAUUUAGUGGAAUUACGCGAGAGCCACAUCGCUUCGGCUGCGGUGGCCGCUCUUAACGAAAAGACGAGAAACGAAAAAGAAGUUGUUAAACUCGAUAAUGAUUUAACAGCGCAAGAUAAGGAAAAUUUAAUGUUGAGUUCCAGUCGGUUAAGAUUAUUGCAGGACACGACGAUGAUUGAAAGUGCGUUAGAUUUAGAUUCGUUGGACGAUUCGAGUAUUGGCACGAAUCAAAGUCAGGCAGGUUUAAUGAAAGUUAGUGUAUAACAAAAAUGUAAAAAAAGUAAUUUAAAAUGGAGAGAAAGAAGUUUGAGAAAUGAGUAAGUUGUGAUAUUUUUUGUGGUUAUCUUUUUAAGUUGAUUUUUUUUCCAAAAAUGGGUUUGUAAUAAAGACAAUCACGGUUUCGGCAUAGAAAAAAGGUAAUUUUCAAUUAAAAAUAGGUUAUUUAAACAUUAUUGGUGCUUUUAGUUUGUUUACAUGAACACUUUUUAUUAACAAACAUCACAAAUUUAAUUAUUUUGUUAAAACAUGACAGCACGAAAGCUUUAAAAGGAUACGAAAUUUAUCUCAAAAGGAAUAUAAUAAUGUUCAGUACUAAACAUUUCGAGAAAAUAAAAAUUUUUUUAAUUAAAAGUAAAAGAAAAAUAUUUGUUUGCAACAACUAAUUUGCAAUGACCAUUGUGCAAUACUCCUCUAAUAAUAAAAAGAAAAGAUUUAUUUAAUAAAUAAAGUCCUAAAACCACCCAACUUGAAAAAAAAAGAAUAAAAGCAACAAGUACCUCUACGAAGUCAAUAUUAUUAUCUAAAUAUUUAACUUGUGUAAAAAGUUGUAUAUUUUUACAAAAAAAUAUAUAUAUAUUUAUGUCGCGUUAAAUUUAAGGCUCGUUUUUAAUCGCGUUUUUAUUGCGUUUCGAUUUAAUAAUCGUUUUUUAAGCAAACGUUUUCUCUAUCCUUAAAAUGUCGUUAAUUACGUGUGUAUUUUAUUUUUUUUUUAUUGUAAAUAAUGGUCGUUAUAUAUAUUUUUUUAGUUGUUCUUAUCAAGAAAAUCGUUUGACAAUAAUCGUUAAAAUAGAAAGUAAAAUCGUUUUUUUUAAAUCCUUUUAUAUACGGAUUGUAUGUUAUUUUGUAAAUAUUGUGGCGAUUUUUCGAAAAAAAAAAACGGAAACAUCGGAGUUUAAAAGAAAAAACAAAAUUAGUGAUAAUAAUUUGUAGGAUUUGUACAUAGAUGUUCAUUUUUAAUUUUCUUAUUAUGAGAAAGCAAAAUAGUACUACUAUAUCUAUAUUUAUAUACAAAUUAAAAAGGAAUUAAAUUAAUUAAUUUAAAAAUAAAAAAGAGAUAAAAUAAAAACUCAAACUGUGUAUACUGUAUAGAAAACAUUGUGCUUCGUAUACAUGUGAUGUUAGCAAUAUACUAAGAACUGAAGUUUUAACGAAAAAAAUUGUAUUGUGACCUAUUUUUUAUGUUUGUAUUUAGGUUUUCAUUAAAAACUCAUAAA